UUUAAAAUAUUAACUUAGUUUACCACUUUGGAAAAUACAGGUAAAUGAGCUCAGGUUAAAAAAGUAAGAUUUUUUUGGAAAUUAAUUGGAAUUCUCCCCCACCUAUCAGACUAAACUGAGGGCUAACUUUCCUUUUGCCGUUUAAGGCGCAAUCGCUGUCUGCUUUAGCAACAGAAGUGGAUGUUUAAACAAAACAUAAAGGAGGCAGGUUUGCACUGGUUGCUGUUGUUUCAGAGUAAACUCAGCCGUGCUGCAGGUUCUAGGUUGGAGCUUUUUGGGCUCUUUCGGAGCCCGUUGUUUGGAUUUUCUGAAGAAAUCACCCUCAGCAGUCAAUGAAACCAGGACUUAUAUGCUGCCCAUUCAGCUUAAACUUAGUGAAGAUUGAGUGGCCUGCCCUGAGGAGAUGGACGUUGGAGCUAAAGAUGUGCAGGCAGAGCUGGACUCCGUGGAGGCCGAGCUGGAGCUGGUGGAGCUUCAGAUCUCAGACCUCCUGGACAAACAGAGCAAACUGACGUCUCAGAAGAACACGCUGCUGCGACAGCUGGAGGACGCCUGCAGCGGCGUCGGACCGUCAUCCUCAAAGUCUGCAGGCCCUGCGAUCAGCAAGCAGGAGCUGAAGCAGUACGACGGUGCAGAUUUCCCUUGGUCCAAAGAGUUGGAGCGGCACCUGAAGAACACCUUCCACCUCUCCACCUUCAGACCACUGCAGCUCAGAGCCAUCAACCUAACCAUGGCAGGCAGGGACCUGUUUGUUGUCAUGCCGACAGGAAGAGGAAAAAGUCUCUGCUUCCAGCUGCCGGCGCUCUGCUCUGAGGGUUUCACUUUGGUCAUCACACCUCUGGUCUCUCUGAUGGAGGAUCAGAUCAUGUACCUGAAGUCUCUGGAUAUCCCUGCAGUCAUGCUGAAUGCCUCCAGCAGUAAGGAACACGCCAAGCUUGUGAUGGCUGGAAUGAGCGAUCCAAAAGCUCCUUUCAAGCUGGUUUACGUCACUCCAGAGAAGAUUGCCAAGAGCAAGCUGUUGAUGUCCCGCCUGGAGAAAGCCUACAAAGCAAAGCUGCUGAGCCGCAUCGCUGUGGAUGAGGUGCACUGCUGCAGCCAGUGGGGACAUGACUUCAGACCAGACUAUAAACUCCUGGGUAUCCUAAAGAGGCAGUUUCCCUCGGUGCCGCUGUUUGGCCUCACCGCCACGGCAACCAGCAGCGUCCUCAAAGACUGCGAGAAGAUCCUGUGUGUGCAGCAGCCAAUCACAAUCACUGCCUCUUUCAACCGCACUAAUCUGUACUAUGAGGUUCGCAUUAAAGACUCAGACAACGAGGCUCUAAUGAGUGACAUCACCUCGCUGAUUAAAGGAAAAUACAAGAACCAGUCAGGCAUAGUUUACGUGUUCUCCCAGAAGGAUGCUGAGAUGGUUUCCUCUGAACUAAAGAAAAGAGACAUAUCAGCUCAUCCCUAUCAUGCAAACAUGGACCCAGAAGACAAGUCGCAGGUUCACCGCAGAUGGACCUCCAACAAGAUCCAGGUAGUGGUAGCCACUGUGGCGUUCGGCAUGGGCAUCGACAAACCAGACGUCAGGUUUGUCAUUCACCAUACCAUCAGCAAGUCCAUCGAGAACUACUACCAAGAGAGCGGGCGCGCAGGUCGAGACGAUCAUCCAGCGGACUGCAUCGUGUAUUUUGGCUUUGCUGAUAUCUUUAGGAUCAGCACCAUGGUGGUCAUGGAGAAUGUGGGCCACAAGAAGCUGCUGCAAAUGGUGGCUUAUUGCCAGAAUGUGGACAGGUGUCGGCGCUCUCUCAUGGCGGUUCACUUUGAUGAGGUGUGGGACGAUGAAGGAUGUAACCAAAUGUGUGAUACAUGCCGCUCUUCUAAAGGCUACGCCAGCAUGGACAUAACUUGCCACGCAAAACAAGUAGUGCAAAUCAUUGAGCAGGCAGGGUCCAUGGAUGAAAAAGUGACUCCCCUGAAACUGGUGGAGACGUGGAUGGGACGGGGUCCCGCCAAGCUGAGGAAGAUGAUCCAGACCACCAAUCUGCCUCGGCUGCAGGCUGAAGCUGUAAUCGUCUCUCUGCUUCUGCAGGAAUACCUCCGAGAGGAUUACAGCUUCACUCCAUACACCACUUACUUCUAUGUGAAGCUCGGUCGCAAAGCUCCUCUGCUGAAGAAGGAGACUCACUCAGUCAGCAUGAACAUGAAGACAGCAGGAGACGGACCCUCUGUGGUAAAAGCUGAAACUGGCAAGGGAAAAUCCAAAGAGGGAAAGAGAUCAGUUCAAAGCUCCGGAGACUCCCAUGUGGCCAAGAAAGUCAAGACAGAGCUUUCCUAGCCCCCCUCACCCAGCUCAGAAGACAAGUCUACAAAAACACAUCAGCUCUUGGAGUCUGUGAGGAGGUACUCCGUGUGGGCCUUGAUCCCCCGGCUAUUAAGAACAGAUGUCCCGCACAAACAAAACAGAAACUAACAAAGGAACAAAGGAAACAACACCUGAAACCUUCCAGAUUACCAGAGGGAGGAGAAACCCCGUUAAAUCAGGUAGAAGGAGAGGAGAGGAGGCCAUUAAUGUCCCAACAUGUUGCUCAUGUAGAAAUUACUAGAGUGCAAAACAGUGAUGCGAGUCCUGGACCGAAGCUGAAUCAAAUGAAAUCUUUUUCCAAGCAGAGCUCAGCUUGCUCUUUAAGGGCGAGGAGAAAACAUUGUAACAUCAGAGCCGCUGGCCGGAGUUUUCCCAGAGGCAGUCCUGUCCUCACCGUGUCCAGCUCUCCUUCUCAGGGUUCGCUCAUUUCUGAAACAGCAGCAGAGGAACUCUGUGAUCUCAGGAAAUACUACAGCAAUCAGCUUAAAAGAAUUAACUACAUUUCCCAUGAGCACCUAGGGCCGCCUCCUGACCCAGGGGUCCUUACAUGCAUCAUGGAGCCUCUGAGGAGUCUGCGUCUGUCACAGAGGGGGACCUUCGCCCAGACGGCCCGCAGUUUGUGGACACGUGUCAGUGGCAGGAGAAAACGGGUCCAUCACUGAUGUUUUCUGGUUCCACUUCAUUGGUACUUUGUGUUUACUAAGAUAAAAACGCUCCAUGGUCGGUUCUACAGUAGAUUUUUCCCAAGAAGCAGACUUAUGAAAAUCAUUUUAGUUUAUUGGUUAAGAUGCUUUUCCUCCACAUCAGAGAAGAUUUUAGAAUGUUUCACUUUGUGCUUCUUCAUCAUGUUGACCACAUCCUGAUCCGUUCCCCUGGAAAGAAGCUGGUGUUAUGACUGCGCCGAACAGUCUAAAUCAACAGUCUAAAUAUUUUUUUUUGUUUCAUUUGUUCCAGUUUGAGGUCUUUCUUUGUGUUCAUCAUCAUCAUCUAGUCAUGUUUCAUGUUUUUUUUCAUCGAUGCAAUAAAGGAUGAAAGGUAACUGUCUUCUAUUUACUUCUUUAGAUAGUUGAACAUUUUUUAUAGAUAUAAAAUUGAGUUUAAGGGAUAAAUUAACAUUGAUUCCAUAUUUUCCUUCCUUCCACUGAAGAGGAAAUAUACGGAAGCUUAUUGCAUUCACCAAAGAAAAAAAAUCUGACAGCUUAUCUCAUAAUUACGAGAUUGGUAUCUCAAUAUUAUGAGAUCUCAUAAUUACAAGAAAACCUUUCAUAUUUAGGAGAUCAUUAAUUGCUGAGCUACGCUACAUGAACUGUGAUCAAUGAGUUGUUUGUCAGAUUUAAUAUGCUUUUAUUUCCUUUCAGGUAGGCAUCACUGGGAAAUGCUGAGUUUCCUCAAUGUGGUUGAAAUUACUUUUAGUUUGUCGGCAUUGCACAGUAAGUCCUUAGGAUUGUUUAGCGAAAAAAGUCCACUCUGACUUGCUGGAAGACGCACUGUUCCUGCAGGACCAAUUAAACCAGCUCUGGAUGCUUUAUGCUUAUAAGUUAAUGCAUCUGAAAUGCAUUCCAGCUGGCUUGGUGGUGUCCCAUAGAACUGUCCAUUAGUACCUUCUCAAAAUCCUAGAUCCUCAAGGAGUACAGCUGAGAUGUCAGAAUCAUUUAAAGUGACAUCUCUGCAGAAACCCAGGUCCCAACUUCAUGCAGUAUGCUGUUUCAUAUGACAAACUGAAACCAAACCAAAUCUGUAUUAAUGGAGCUAUUGAUUUUUGUGUAUGGUCAAAUGACUGCGUGCUUACUCCACAAGUAGUAAUCCCAGGAUUAUAGCUGGGUACUUCACUGAUGAAGAGAAAAAUGCGAGCGGAGCUCCAACGCGCAUCAGGUCAGACCUGGGUACAGAGAACUGUUCAGUGGAACAGAUGCAGAUAUUCAUAACUCAUCAUGAAGACCAGUUUUCUGAGAAAUGCUUCAUGACUGGCUCAAUUAAUCAUAACCAAAUAUAUAUAAAUAAGAGCUGAUAAUUAUGAGAUCUUUUCUCAUAAUUUCGAGAUCAGAUCUCGUAAUUAUGAGCUCAGCUGUCUGAUUUUUUUUCUUUGGUGAAUGCAAUGUGCUUCUGUAGAAAUAUACUUUAGUUACAACAAACUUCUCAACUGUUUGUAUUUCUAUAUUCUAUACAUCUUUAUACAGUUGUUAUGAUUUUAUGUUCAAUUCUAUUUCCUGGUUGGAACCUUUAUUCCACUCUGGAUUCUUGUUAAUG